UAACACGAAACUCUCUUUUUUUCGCCAGUUCGAGGAAAAGUUGUAAACGCAGAUUUUUUCGACCGUUGAAUGUUCGUAAAUAUAGUGAAAAAAAAUUACAAAGUGAAUUGAACUAAAAAAAAUAAAACGACUCUGUAUUGAAGAACAAUUUUUCAAUUGGAAAGUUGCGAUCAUCACCAAAAAAUAAAUUGUGAAGAAAAAACAUGACUUCAUCCAAAUCGCAGUGAAUGCUAAUGUGUUGAAAUUGAUUUACGCGUGCUUUUAUCGAACAAAAAUUAAAAAUAUAAACAAACAGUGAAAGGUUAAUGGAAAAAAGGCAUCAAAAUUAUUAAAAAAAUAAAUCAUUGUGAAAUGUUUUUAAAUUCUAAAUCGGUUUGUUUAUGAAAUAGAAGUGAUCUCAGCUACAUUCGCGCUCCCCUUCAAAAAAAAAACAUCCAAUAAAUUGUGGCAGUGCAUUUCAGUGUAUGUGACAAUAAAACAAAAUCAUUGCAACAAUUAGAAUUUGGAACAUCUUAAUCAACGAAUGGAGUGAAGUGUUUUUUUGACGUAGAAAACGGCUUGGCUGAAGAGAAAAACCAAAUCAAUGUAUUAGAAAAACUUGUGGAAUUUUCGUUAGUAAAUUGAAUCCAGCGAUCAAACAAAAAGUCGUCUCUGUUACUAUGAAAGAAAAUCAUUUCAAAUGGUAGCAUAAAAUUCAUUGUGUGUUUUCAUGAAAUGUGUAUGUAAAGACAGUGCUCCGUAUUCAUUCAUAUUGUAUUUGUGUAUAUGGUUCGUGUUUCUUUUCAGUUUGGCAGUCAUACAAAGUGAAACAAAUCAUGUAAUUUAAUGUGAAUCUGUGAAAAUAACUGUGUCCAUAUUGAGUCGCAUUUAGGCCGAGAUUUUUCUGUGUGGAUUCCAAUACGAUAAAGUGCUGGCACGAUUGUCAUGCAUUUACAUUUUAAACGGUGAUUAAAUAAAAUUGUGAACGACAAAACGAGAGAGCGACAGAGAGCACGGGAGAGUAGAAGAAACGGAGGCAUCAGUGUAUCGUUAUGUGUGCACAGUGAUCAAAAUAUAAGUUAAUCAAAUCCUACAAUUGGAUCUUUCAAAUGCAAACGAGAUAGAAAGAGAGACAAAAAGUGGAAAAAAAAGACACGCAUUUAACUACAUUGAAGACAAUUGAUUUAAACCGACCAAUUAUGUUGACAUUACGGAAGAAAAAGAAGCUGAUUGGUUGGUGCGCGUAAAUGAAUCGCCUUAAUUAAUUACUGGGGAAAAAACAAGCAAAUAUCUUUUUCACGUCACGCUUACCUCAGUCGCGCAUUUAAAAUUCUUCAGUGUGAUCGCAUUCUCUCUUUUUUUGUAAUAUGAUUUGCGUAAUGCGGCUCACCGAAUGAUGACUUGAAUAAAUAAAUUGAAUGAACGAAUAUAUAAAAAUCAUAUUAAGUGAACGAUCCACGUACAAUUAAGUAUAUAUACACACACACGCAUAGAGAUAGCGAUUCAACGAUAUGAAAACGGCAAAUAUGAAUGUUUCCAUUGUCAUUGUUUUAUCGUCAAUUUUUAAUUUAUUAUCAUGUGCCAAGCUUGGUCGCAUUCAACAACCAUCCCAUGCGAUGCCAACAACAUCCAUGGAAUUCAUAAGCUCGUCAACAGAUGGCAAUGGUACGGAUUUCUAUACAAAUGGGUCAACAAAUAAUGAAAACGAUGGAAAUGUGAUUCAAACACAAUAUCAAAAUAAAGGUGAACUGCCGUACUUCACGAAUCCCGCCAUUCUCAGUACGCAUAUUCGAAGAAAUAUCACCGGCACGGUGAAAUUUCGAUGCCCGGCUGCAGGAAAUCCCACGCCGAAUAUAACAUGGACCAAAGAUUCAAUUGAGAUAAAAAAUACAGCAAAACUAACGAAAAUGAAAAAUAAAUGGGCCAUCUUUUUAAAUGAAUUAACGCUCAGCGAUACAGGGGUGUAUGUUUGCAAAAUAUGUAAUGUACAUGGAUGCAUUGAGCAUGCUACUCAGCUUGAUGUACAAGAUCACGAUAUUCAUGACCUCGUACCAGCUGAAGCAACCCGAAAUGAUGAAUUGUUGUCAAAACCUGAUGAAAUCUACAGUCAAAUCCGUAGUCGUUCGAUAGCGAUGAAACAAAAUCUUACAAAAGAAUCAAACGGACAAUUGGCGGUGGUUUCGACAUUUACACAAAAUACACAAUCAAACAGUGAUGAAACUCAUUCAAAAGAAUCAAAUGACGAUGAAAAUCAAUUUACUACCGGUUUUGAUACAACCGAAUCUGAUAUGGAGGAGUUGCACAAUGAAAACCAAGAAAAUGAUGAGUUCUCGGAAAUGGAUGUUGAUUUAAAAAAUGGUGAAGCUCCAUAUUUUCCGAAAAAAACCACACUGUUGAAAUUUUUACCAAAACCAUCUGGAAACAUGGCAAGAAUACGGUGUAUAGGAGCCGGAAAUCCAACACCGAACAUAACAUGGACCAAAAAUAACGAAGAAAUCGUGAGGCACAUGGGCACGGUUCAAUAUAAAAAAUGGGCCAUUAUAUUAGAAGAUUUGACAACAAAAGAUGCCGGAGACUACACUUGCAAGUUGUGCAACAUACACGGAUGUAUUGACCACACAACUAAACUUCUUGUGGAAGAUCGUUUUCCGGGUUCGCCGUACAUUAUAAAAGAGCAGCUCGUCAAUGAAACGGCACUUGUUAACGCAAAUAUUACAUUUAAAUGUCCAGUUAUCCAAAAAGAAGUAGCCGCACAUAUUACGUGGGCUAAAUAUCAUGCGUUAAAUGAUUCCGAUGAUAAUUUUACUUCGCCAAUAAGUGCAGUUCGUCUUGAGGUUGAUGAAGAUAAGUCGGAAGAGCUAGUACUUCAUAAUAUCACACACGCCGACGAAGGAUGGUACACAUGUAUUGCAGCAAACAGUUUGGGUCAUACGACGGCCAGCGCUUAUUUACAUGUUGUUGACGAAUUAGAGGAUGGAAAACGAUUAAUAGCUGGACACAAGCUAAAUUCAUUGCUGAGCUACAUAAUAAUAGUAUCGAUGGGUGCAUUGUUUCUCAUUGCGAUUUUCAUCAUGCUGAUUGGUUUUAAGAAACUAAAACGGGAAAAAUUGGAGAAACAUCGUGCCAUGGAAACGGUACAUCAAUGGACGAAAAAAGUGAUUAUCGUUAAACCAAAUCAAGAUGAGGUUGACGGUUCGGACGGACUUCAAAUUCCAGUUAUUCAAAUUGAAAAACACCGUACAGCCGUCUAUUGUAACGAUCCAUCGUUGAUGAAUGAAUACGAAUUUCCGCUCGACGCGAAUUGGGAAUUUCCACGGAAUCAUUUAAAAUUUGGCCCAACACUUGGCGAAGGUGCAUUUGGACGUGUCGUUUUAGCCGAAGCGUAUGGCUUGGAGAAACCACAACAAACACAAAUCGUGGCCGUGAAAAUGGUGAAAGAAGGACAUACCGAUUCCGAUAUAGCCGGUUUGGUGCGUGAAAUGGAAGUGAUGAAAAUGAUCGGAAAGCAUAUAAACGUCAUCAAUUUGUUGGGCUGCUGCAGUCAAGAGGGUCCAUUGUAUGUCAUCGUUGAAUAUGCACCGCAUGGCAAUUUAAAAGAUUUCCUGAAGAAAAAUCUUGCAAUGGCUGACUACAAUCUGCUCAAUUCGCAACAUGUUUUGACACAAAAGGAGCUAACAUCAUUCGCAUAUCAAGUCGCCCGCGGAAUGGAAUAUUUGGCUUCAAGACGAUACAUACAUCGUGAUUUGGCCGCACGGAAUGUGCUAGUUUGCGAAAAUAAUAUCGUAAAGAUAGCCGAUUUUGGUUUGGCGAGAGAUGUACAAGAGACCGACUACUACAGGAAAUGUAGCAAUGGCAGGUUGCCAAUCAAGUGGAUGGCACCCGAAUCUUUGAAAGACAGAUUCUAUGACAGUCAAAGUGAUGUGUGGUCAUAUGGAAUAUUGCUUUGGGAGAUCAUGACCUUCGGUGAACAACCAUAUCCAAAUAUUCUGUAUUCCUCGGUGGAACUAUUGGAAUACCUAGAGAGAGGAAUACGUAUGGAUAAACCAGCACAUUGUCAUAUUGAUAUAUAUAAAUUAAUGCGGCAAUGCUGGAACUGGAAGCCAAGAUUGCGACCUACAUUCACUGAAAUCGUUCUUUACCUCGAUAAUAUUUUAACUACGUCUUCGAACCAAGAAUAUUUAAAUGUGAUUAAUGGCCCGUACAUCGACGAUUCAGCCCCGAAUAGUGAUGGAGAUGAUCAGGAUGUAACUGAUGGCUUUCGUGGUCCUCCGGUGUGUCGGCCUUUUUUGCGAUACAACUAGUAGGUGGUAGAUAUGGGACGUUUUUUUUUUGUGAAAAAUUCAAGUGAACUCAGCAAAGUCAAUAUUUUAAUUAGAUCUGCAAAACAGAUUAAUCUAAGUUAUAUAAAAUGUAAAUUUUCAUUUAACAUCAAGAAUAGUCAACAUAUCGAAAGCAACAAGAAUAAGUCAAAUUAUUUGGACAAGAAAAGCAAUGACUCCAAAUAAUGCAUGCUUUUCGUCAAGGACUCAUUAGAUUGUCAAAAUCGCAUACUUUCUUCAAAUGUACAUACCAAAAAGUAAAAUUAAACAAACCAAAUCAAGUUCGAGCCUCUACGCAUUUUUAUCUAAAAAAAAAUUUUACACACUAAUAAAAUCAAAUGAUCAGUAUUUUUAAGUUGAAGUACAUAUAUAAAUAUGGAAUGAAGUUAAAGAAUUAUUUUUCAGAUUUUGAUAUUCAAGAUUAAUUUUAGAUUAAUAAAUUAAGAUUUCAAAACGUGUAAUACUUAUAGCAUUGUCCAGCAUCAUUUCCCCCUUUAUAUUCAAUAACAUAAUAACAGGAUACUUCUUAUACAACAAAUUUGUCAUAGGACAUUAGUCAUUAGAUUCAGAAGCUAGACAUUUAAGGUUUCACACAAAUUCAGUUUUAUAGUUCUGCGAUCGUGUUUAUUUAUGAAAUGAUGGACACAUUUUACAAGGCAACUAUGAAUGAAAUAAACAAUUUUAAAAAGUAAAA